UGUUUCUUUCUUGUGAAUCGCUCAACACGGGCGAGUGAAGGAGUCCGCACACUGGUUCUAAUUCUUCAAAUAGAAAAAAUUCAACUUGUUCAAAUAGUUAUUUUUUUUAUUCUCUAAAAAAAAAACAUAGUUUUUUCUAUUUAAAUCAAAUCGAUCCCGAAGAAAAUCUUUCAAUACUCGGUUCUAAUAUCUAUUCAAGUAGUUUUGUAUGAUAUUCAGUGAGUGUGUUGUGCUCUACAAUAAAAAAUUCAUAUUAAUUAAAAACCAAUUACAUCGAAUAUAAAAAUCAUUUGUAAAAAACAAUAAUGGCAUUAGAAACCGAUGAAAAUAAUCCUCCAAAACCAAAGACAGGAGAUAAGAAUGAAGUUACCGGUGCAAAGUCUUCCAAUAACUCUGUGGGAGCAACCAAUGAGAACACCGAUAAUGGUGGCAAGAAAAAAGGUAAAGGUUCGAAAGCUGGAAAUGGAAACAAAAAUAAUGAUAAUACCCUAACUAAUGGUCAUUCUGCAGCUGCAGCAACCGAGUCCAAGACCGAUAAAACAACAACCGAAAUAAAUGCCAACGAACCAAGUAGUACAGAUAAAAAACCCGAAAAGGAAGAUGAUAGCGGCGGUGAUGACCGUUCAGAGGAAAGUAUUGACUUGGACAUGUUGCAUGACAAUGGAAUUACAGUACAUAUUCAAAGUCCUGGUGCUGAAUUACUCUCUAUACAACUAUCAAGUAUGGAAUUGGUACAAGAAAUCCAUCAGUUAUUAAUGGAUCGUGAAGAUACAUGUCAUCGGACAUGUUUUUCUCUUCAACUCGAUGGUGUUACCUUGGAUAAUUUUGCAGAACUAAAGAACAUCGAAGGUUUGAAACAUGGCUCAACUGUCAAGGUGGUGGAGGAACCUUAUACAAUGCGUGAGGCUCGAAUUCAUGUACGCCAUGUUAGAGACUUAUUAAAAUCCAUGGACCCGGCUGAUGCCUAUAAUGGAGUCGAUUGUAAUUCCUUGUCUUUCCUGCAUACAAUCACUCAAGGUGACUUGUUGGAGAAGAAAAAAUCCCGACCCGAUAGUGUCGAUUGUACACCACCAGACUAUAUAAUGCCUGGCUCGAAAGAACGUCCUUUGUUGCCACUGCAGCCAGGUGCAAAAACAUCUAAGGGUCCUCAAUCUUUGAAAGUACUAACAACUUCGGCAUGGAAUCCACCGCCUGGUCCGCGCAAAUUGCAUGGCGACUUAAUGUAUUUGUAUGUUAUCACCAUGGAGGACAAACGUUUCCAUAUUUCAGCCUGUCCAAAGGGUUUCUACAUUAAUCAGUCAACCGAUGAAGUCUUCAAUCCUAGACCGGACAAUCCGAGUCAUUUGUCGCACUCAUUAAUUGAUUUAUUAUCUCAGAUCUCGCCUUCGUUUAAGAGGGCAUUCUCUCAAAUGCAGAAAAAACGCACCCUUCGACAUGCAUUCGAAAGGGUUGCUACACCCUACCAAGUUUACACUUGGUCUUCACCACAAUUAGAGCACACCAUUGAUGCCAUAAGAGCCGAGGAUGCUUUUUCAUCUAAACUAGGUUAUGAAGAACAUAUUCCUGGACAGACACGAGACUGGAACGAGGAAUUACAAACAACACGUGAACUUCCGCGCAAAACACUGCCCGAUCGUUUGUUGCGAGAGCGUGCUAUUUUCAAAGUUCAUGGAGAUUUUGUUAUUGCCGCCACACGAGGUGCUAUGGCAGUAAUUGAUGGCAAUGUUCUGGCCAUAAAUCCUGGUGAAGAUCCAAAAAUGCAAAUGUUCAUUUGGAAUAAUAUUUUCUUCUCUCUGGGCUUCGAUGUGCGCGAUCAUUACAAAGAGCUCGGUGGAGACGUUGCUGCUUAUGUAGCGCCCCGAAACGAUUUGCACGGAGUUCGUGUGUAUAGUGCAGUUGAUGUCGAGGGACUUUAUACGCUCGGUACAGUUGUGAUUGACUAUCGUGGAUAUCGUAUCACAGCUCAAUCAAUAAUUCCGGGAAUUCUCGAACGUGACCAGGAACAAUCAGUUGUUUAUGGUUCAAUUGAUUUUGGAAAAACAGUCCUAAGCCAUCCAAAAUACUUGGAAUUGCUUCGUAAGGCCGCCAAGCAUCUAAAGAUUUUGCCUCACUCUGUCCUAAAUGAAAAAGACGAGGAAGUUGAAUUGUGUUCUUCAGUAGAGUGCAAAGGAAUUAUUGGCAAUGAUGGGCGUCAUUAUAUUUUGGAUCUUCUGCGUACCUUCCCACCAGAUGUGAACUUUUUAAAAAUCGAAGGUGAAGAACCCAGUGCUGAAUUAAAAGCCAUGGGAUUCCCUAUCGAACAUAAACAUAAACUAUCUUGUCUGCGUCAGGAGCUUUUGGAAUCAUUCAUCGAAGAUCGUUAUGUCAACUUCAUUCGAAAUGCAGCUCAACAUUUGCAACUGUUAAAUGCUAAUAAAAAGAAAGCUGAAGCAGCAGCAACUCAAACAGAUGCUAACAAGAACCAACCUGCUAUUGAAGAUAAGAACAAGGAUGAAGAUAAAGCACAAGAUCAAGCAAUCGAAAAAGUCACCACCGAAGAAAUCAACGCUAAUGCCUCAACAGAGGAAGCUAAAAAAUUGACAGAAAGUGUAAACGAGACCAAUGCUCACGAUGAGAAACAAGCAGCUGAGGUUGUGAAACGGGCGUGUACAGCUGUUGGAUCGCUUAAGGAAUACGAGUUUGACUUCCGUUUUAAUCCCGAUGUCUACUCACCAGGAAUCAAGCAUGUGGACUCCGCCAAUUCGCCCAAUUCGCUUAAGAAACAAAAGCAAUUGGUUAGAGAUGCAGCAGAAUUUCUGGUUCAAAAGCAAAUUCCUGCAUUUAUCAAGGAGCAUAUGGAUCAUUUGUCGGCAGCUAUUGAUGGGUGCAAUUUGACUGAAACAUUACAUGCUCGAGGCAUUAAUAUUAGGUAUUUAGGAAAAGUAGCACAGCUACUGGGGCAGGUACCAAGACUUGAAUACCUCUAUCACAUUGCCGUCCAAGAGUUGAUUGUUCGUGCAGCUAAACACAUUUACUACACAUAUAUGCAAAAUACUGAAGUCAUGAGCUUGGCAUCUGCAAUAAGUCAUUUCUUAAACUGUUUCCUUACCAGUGGACCUGUAACGGCACCAACAUUGGGAUCGGACGAGCUUCAAAAGACCAACAAGCGUCGCAACAAACGUAAAAAUGGAAAGAAUGCACUCUUUGGCAAUGAUAACAACGAAUGGGCGCUCAUAACACCUAAAUCAAUGUGGCAACAUAUUAAGCGUGAAAUCAAAGCCUAUUGGGAUUUUGAUUUGGAAUGUGAAGAUCAGAAAUCGGUUAUUGAAACUUACAAGUUGCAAAAAAUUAGCAUUCUUCGUGCAUUCUCUUUGAAAGUUGGUAUUCAAAUAUUGCUAAGAGAAUAUAACUUUGAAUCACGCAACAAACCUACUUUCACCGACGAGGAUAUUGUUAAUGUCUUCCCUAUUGUGAAACAUAUUAACCCACGUGCAACUGAUGCAUAUAAUUUCUAUACAACUGGUCAAUCGAAAAUUCAACAAGGUUACUUUAAAGAGGGUUAUGAACUGAUAAGUGAAGCGUUAAAUUUGUUGAACAAUGUCUUUGGAGCAAUGCACUCUGAAAAUGGACAAUGUCUAAGGAUGUUGGCUCGAUUGAGUUACAUCUUAGGAGAUCCACAAGAAGCAUUGGCCAUUCAACAAAGAUCGGUGAUCAUGAGCGAACGAGUAAAUGGCAUUGAUCAUCCUUAUACUAUUUUAGAAUACACACACUUGGCUCUUUAUUGCUUUGCAAAUGGACAAAUAAGUACAUCACUGAAGUUGCUUUACAGAGCAAGAUAUUUGCUUCUUUUGAUUUGUGGCGAAGAUCAUCCAGAAAUCGCACUAAUUGAUAGCAACAUAAGUUUAAUCUUGCACGCAGUUGGAGAAUAUGAACUCUCCCUUCGCUUCAUCGAACAUGCUCUAUCUCUAAACCUUAAAUAUUACGGAGCAAAAUCAAUGCAUGUUGCUGUGAGUUAUCAUCUAGUUGCAAGAACGCAAAGUUGCAUGGGUGAUUUCCGAUCAGCGUUGACUAAUGAAAAAGAAACAUAUUGUAUCUACAAGACACAGUUGGGUGAAAAUCAUGAAAAGACUCAGGAAUCAUCACAGUGCCUACGCCUGUUGACACAGCAAGCCGUCUUCCUACAAAAGAAAAUGAACGACAUCUACUCCAAUGGCAAGCUAACAACUGGGUUGCCACCAAUUCACAUUCAACCACCAACAAUGGGUUCUGUAUUAGAUAUGCUAAAUGCAAUCAAUGGAAUUCUAUUUGUUCAAAUCAGUCAAAAAGACAUCGCUAAAGUGCGCACGGAAAUCGAAAAGCAUUUACGAGACAGCGAACCAAAUGAGACAACAGAAACAUUAAAGAAACUAACUGCAAUCACCGAAGAUGAGACUGAAGCACCAAAGAAACUAACUAAUGGUGAUCUAGCCGCAGUAGCAGAAGCAGAAAAAGUUUCCACCAAAAACGACAUUGUCGAGUCACAACCAGAGACACCAAAGCCACCACAACAAAGCAAUGUCACUGUUAACAGUUGAAUUAAUUAAGUUUAGUUAUUUUAAUAUUCUAAGAGUUAGAAUACAAAAUGUGCGGAUGUGAAAAGAAAUCUUACUUUUUGCAUCUUUUAUAAACUCUAUUCUUAAAAAUUAAAAAAAAAAAAACAAA